AUGGAGCCCUCAGGCAUCCCAGAGACCACCACACCUUAUGAUUAUGAUUUGCAGAGCAUUUUGUGUGAGACUCAGACCUUCACCUUUGCAACCUUCAACACCACCAUCCUGUACUGCCUGGUGUUCUUCCUCAGCCUGGUGGGCAAUAUUCUGGUGCUGUGGGUCCUGGUGAAGUAUGAGAGCCUGGAGUCCCUCACCAAUGUCUUCAUCCUCAACCUGUGCCUCUCAGACCUGGUGUUCUCCUUCCUGUUGCCUCUGUGGGCCUUGGUGUAUCACUGGGGCUGGGUGCUGGGAGACUUCUUCUGCAAGCUCUCCAACAUGAUCUUCUCCAUCAGCCUCUUCAGCAGCAUCUUCUUCCUGACCAUCAUGACCAUCCAUCGUUACCUGUCCGUGGUGAGCCCCCUCUCAUCCCUGAGAGUCUACACCCUCCAAUUUCGUGUGUUGGUGACCACAGCUGUGUGGGCAGUAAGCAUCCUGUCCUCCAUCCCCGAUGGCAUCUUCCACAAAAUGUUUCAUAAUCCAGAAUCUCCAUCAAAAUUUUCAAAAUGUGAUUAUUCAGAAGUCAAGUGGUACCUGGCCUCAGUCUACCAGCACAUUGUCUUCUUUCUGCUCUCCAUGGGGAUUAUCCUGUUCUGCUACGUGGAGAUUCUCAGGACUCUGUUCAGCUCUCGCUCUCGGUCCAAACGGCACCACCGAACAGUCAGGCUCAUCCUCACCAUUGUGCUGGCACAUUUCAUCAGCUGGGCUCCCUACAACCUGGUCCUUUUCCUACAGACACUGUUGAAACUUAAUAUCAUUCAGAGCUGCCAGGUCAUCCGGCAGCUGGAGUAUGCCAUGCUCAUCUGCCGUGAUUUUGCCUUCUGCCACUGCUGCGUCAACCCAGUGCUCUAUGUCUUUGUUGGGGUCAAGUUCCGCAGACACCUCAAAAGUCUGCUCCAACACUUUGGGCUCUGCCAGUCAUUAUCUUCCCCAUCACCUCACUCCCACAGUGCUUUCCCCUAUGAGGGCGCCUCCUUCUAUUGA